GUAUGUGUGUAGGUUGGGGUGGGGGUAGAGGAGACAGACAAACAAACAAGACAGGGGGCGAGAACGGUCACAAUUAAGGGACGUGACCGGGUAUAGACAGUAAAGUAAGUAAGUAAGCAAGCAAGUAAAGUAGUGCGAAGAGGGCCGUUGUCGCCGUCUCCUGCGGGAGAGGGAUCGAGGGAGGGAGAGAGAGAGGGAGUGGGCAUCGUCACGCUCAUCUCAUUGUCCGAAUCUCGCGACCGCACCGGUCGGCCCAAUUCCUCGGCACGGUGCAAGGAGAGGGUCUAGCACGGGGCGUGAUCCCUCUCCACUCCGCUCUGCCUGCAGCAGUUUUUUCGAGGCUUCCGUUACGAUUGUACUGAACCUUAGGAACCGGAUUUGCUCCCUUUCGAGGCCGGCAAUUUGAUGUCGUUCUGUGGUGGGUUGCGUCGGUGGUGGCUUGUGCGAUGGGGAAUGUUAGAUUGUGAUUUUUAGGACUCGGGUUAGCCGCGAUCCGCGUCCUUGGUUGGGGUUCUGUGGUGCUCUAGGCGUCGGAGAAGCCGGUUUAUUGUUGUGUUUCUUGUUGGGAUUCACCCAGUUGUCACAGGAUGAAUUUGAGUGAGAAAUUAUCAAAAUUAGUGGCUUCCUGGGAUGUGUGGAUGUGCCCCUGCUACUGUAGAGUUCCACUGGGAGCUUGUUGGGACUGUUGCGUAUCACAUAGCCCACCACCACGUCAGACUACCUGUGAUUACCUCAUUAAUUGUUCAGAUGGACGUUCUUCAACUCGUUUUCAAGCGACCGCGUCGUGACUCUCUGGUUGAUUGAGGUUGCAGUUCCCCAGCAAACGCCUUCUAUCCGAAACAAAUAAAAAUGGGUCGGGACUCUGGCUCUUUGAUUGGUGGAAAACGAUCUCGGCCAGCUGACGAUGAAGCAUAUUUUGACAACUUCCAUAAUCAUAAACGUUAUCUCACCGAGGUUAUGGCAUCAAGUUUAAAUGGGCUUCGAGUUGGUGAAUCAACCUCUCAGUCACAACGAUCGUCUCCACCCCUGAUCGACAACAUGGUGUCCCCUGCUCACACGGAGACCGCAGGGCUUUCCCGAUCUGCGUCCUCUUUUCCUACAAGUCAUGGGGAUGACCUAUCAACAUUAGAUUCUCCAAUGUCUGAUGAUAGUGAUGAGAGUGUCGGUUUUCGGAUGGGCCGUGCAUCAGAGAUUCCUGUCUCCACUCUUGAAUCUGUAUCUGUAACUCCUACUAGCCCUGUGUCUCCGCGUCGGAAAGAGCACUUUCCUCCAUAUAUUCCUAACUAUUCUAGCACGCUGUCCUCCCGCCAGCAGACUCCCCCUCCUUACACACCUUCACUUCCUUUACCCUGUUCUCAAGCUCGUGCCAAAGGAACAGAUGAGGGCCGGUUACCCCCUUCUCCUAAUGACCCUUGCCAAUCUGCAGACUUGAGAAGAGCAGCUCUUCUUCGUUCCCUUCAGAUGAGAUCUCAAUCCCCCAUUAAGCCUGCAUCCUCUACGGUAGCACCUGAGAAGGGUGCAGAGAAAGGAGUUGUCCCAGAAGGGUUGGAAGAAGGUGGCGAUCAGUCUUCUCCAGGGUCUUCAGAACACACAGGAUGCAACUGCGAGGACAUGGGACUCACAAGCACAACAAUCUUUCCUCCCAUCAGUACCAGAGCUGCCACACGCGUCCGAAGCCUUCUUCUCGAUGAGCCUGUAGUAGCUGCCACCAUGGCACUGUCCAGCACAUUGCCUCAAAGUACUCCGGAUGCGGAUAGUGAUACUGGUGCUCAAGAAUCUCGUUUUGAACCCAAGUCCAGUCAGCCAAAGAGCCUACUACGAAGCUGUUCGAAGCUUGCCAGAACAAUGUCCAGUGAUGUUAUUGUGUCAGACGCUGAGUCAAAACCCCUUCGCAGACCCUCAGCUGCCACCGAGAAGGCCUGUAAGAGGGCAAAGCCAUAUUGAUGCUAUGGUUGAAGGGUUAUGCAGAUGGACCCUGCAUACGCUUGGAAAGGGUUGCAUUCAAAGAUGGGAGCUAUCAAGUGGUGAUUUCGGUACAUGGUGGAAAAGAAUGUUCAGGCACAUUUUUCAUGGUGCAGUAUAAUUGAUCAAGAUGGACUGCUUGAUUAUCCGUGCUUCAAUUUAUCUCAGGUCAAUGCGACUUCUACUUUGAUGAAGUUUCUACUACUUCAACAUGACGAGGUUGGUCUUCCUUCUUUCCAUCUCUGCGUCCAGAUCUGUUUAGAUCCCUGCUUUUCUUUACUGAUACGUUGCAUUUCUUAAGUCUUGGCGGGAGGAAACAGCAUAUGGAGUUGCGUUCUUGUGUGAUACAGGCAGCCUCUAAGUGGCCUUUUGGUGUAGCCACGACAAUGUAGAUUACUGCUCCUCAUUUUGUACAAUCCUGAACCAUUAUCUUGUAACUAAGUAUUACGAAACACAACAGUUGUAAUGAACAAUAUACACAUUCAGUGUAGUCAUUGUAGUCAUUGUCCAGCAGUGUUUGGAACGAGAUAAAUCGUAGCUAAGGCUAAGGUUUUUACUUUUCUUUUUCUUGUUCUUUUUCUAUGUUAUGGUUUCUGAUAUAGAUGCUGUUGCUCUGCUUUUGCUAGAAUUUUUAGAGACUUGGUUUUUAGUUGCAUAAAAAAGACGUCUGUCAGUACUGGAUGCACCCACUAACCGUCAAACACGAAUCUUUGAUAUUUAUGAAAACACUUCAUUAAUUUAUGUUCAUAUUCAAACAAA